UUUUUUCUGUUUUAUUUUAGGGAAUGAUUGACUCUUCUCACUUAAGUUGACUAAACACCUUGUGCACUUUACUCUCCUGUCGGUGCCAUCAGGCUGACUGAAGACAGGGUUUUGAAAUCUCAGCUAUAAAGAUAGCCAGUCAAAGUCUCAAUCUUGCCUUAACAAUGUUCCAGAGACUGAAUAAAAUGUUUGUGGGUGAAGUCAAUACUGCUUCCAACCAAGAACCAGAAUUUAGUGAGAAAGAAGAUGAUGAAUGGAUUCUUGUUGACUUCAUAGACACUUGUACUGGUUUGUCAGCAGCAGAAGAUGAGGAAGAAGACAUCAGUGAAGAGUCACCUACCGAGCAUCCUUCAGUCUUUUCCUGUUUACCUGCAUCUCUUGAGUGCUUGGCUGAUACAAGUGAUUCUUGCUUCCUUCAGUUUGAAUCCUGCCCAAUGGAGGAGAGCUGGUUUAUCACCCCUCCCCCGUGUUUUACUGCAGGUGGAUUAACCACUAUCAAGGUGGAAACUAGUCCUAUGGAAAACCUUCUCAUCGAACACCCCAGCAUGUCUGUCUAUGCCGUGCAUAACUCCUGCCCUGGUCUCAAUGAGGUCAGCUGUGGGACUGACGAAUUUCAUAACCCUAGUAGUCCUAGAAUGGAAGCUCAAAAUGAAAUGGGGCAGCACAUUCACUGCUAUGUUGCAGCUGUUGCUGCUCAUACCACUUUUCUGGAACAACCCAAGAGCUUUCGCCCUUCCCAAUGGAUAAAAGAACAUAGUGAAAGACAGUCUCUGAACAGAAAUAACCUUCGUCGCCAAAAUCUUACCAGGGAUUGCCACUCGCGGCAAGUCAAGCACAAUGGCUGGGCUGUCCAUCAGCCCUGCCCACGUCAGUACAAUUACUAAGAAUUUCAAGUUUGAUUGGUUGGUUUCUCUUGGUUUGUGCAUGUGUGUGGAUGUGUGUGUUUGAAUGAUGAAGAUGCUGUCUCUUUACAGCCAACUGAUGACCAAUCACAUAGUUUUACCAGUGUGUUUAGACACUAUCUUGAAAACCAGAUUUACAUGCCGUGUAUCACAUAAUGCCUUGCUCUUAACAUUUACUAUUUUGUAAAUUUUUUCAGAAUAUUUUUGGAGACAUAUCAAUACGAUUACAGUGUUUGGUGUUUGGGGAUGUCUUUAAAUCUAUUGAGGUAUACAUGAGUUAGCAUUUUAAAGACAUUUCUUCCCAAGUACAAGAAUAGACAUCUUUCAAUUUCAUUUUAUUUUGUAUUACUUAAUCAGUCUUUUGAGUAAGCAAAAAUUCAUUCUCAGGGUCAGCCAUACACUUUAUUGACCAGUACUUGAUAAUCUUUUCUGUAUAUAACGAAUACAUUUUUACACACUAACAUGAGCAUUAACAGGUUAUAUAUAGUUGCCAUGGAUAUAAUGGAAUUAUGGCUGAACUUUCUUUUGAAAGAAAACUUGAUAUAUUUCUGUGUAUGUAGGGUUUUUUUCCAGAUUAGCCAUGCAGUUCAUUUUGGAAUUCAGGUACACUAAGUGUCAGCAGUUCCAAUAUGACUGUGUGACAUGGUACAGACAUUACAGGUAUGGGACAAAAACACUUGUCUCACUUGCAGAGGGAUUAAAUUAGACCUGUGAAAUUGUAUUUGGAAAAAUGUAUGUUCAUAACUAACCCAUUAGUCCACUCUUUGUUUGGAUUCUUUCCUGCCACCUGUGCCCACUCACCACCUCACAUCAGCUAUAAAUUCAGAAGCACUUGUCCAGGCACUUGAGUGACUUCAUAUUUCUAUCUGCCCCAGGAAAAAGUGAUAGGUUUUGUAUUUCUAAUAUAGUGAUAAAUCCUCUGCCAUGGAGCCUGUCCUGCUAAGUGGCAAGCAAGGAUGAGGGGGAUUCCUGGUGAUAUCUCUUCAUGGUGUCUAAAUGAAGAGUGACUGGUUGGCUUCCUUGACUUUUCAUUUUUUGUUUUAUGUUGGGUUUCAGACAGAAUCUUUAACCACUUUGACUUCAUUUCCUCCACCAACAGGAGAGCAGUAAUAAUUAACUUUCUAACAGUUGUUGGGAGGAUUGUAUCCUGAUUUGAAGUGGGGCCAUCCAGAACUGAACCUUGUGUGAAAUUCCAAAGGCCUCCCUACUGAAUCCAGUGAUUGGGGUGGGGCCUGUGGCAAUUUUUCUGCCACAACUGUUUUUCAGAAUGUUAGUGCUAAUGAGGCCAGGGUGCAGGGUUCAGUGUACACGGAGGCCAGUUAACUCAACACAGAGAAAAUCUAUAUCUUACAUCUAGCCAGUCACUUUACUUUUUAGCAGUUGUGAUGGGUUUGGCUGAGCCAUCCACACUCACACCAAUUUCCUCUGAAAUUUAGUUAUUUUAUAAAUUUAUAAUCCAAGGCACAUGUACUGACAGAACAGUAGUAUCACCUUCAUAAUCAAAGUCUAUUUUUCCAUCUCCUCUGCAACUCUUAAUAAGUUACACAUCUUUACAAUGUUUCAAGGGAAAAAGCAACAUAUAGUUAUGUGAAGUAUUAUUAUUUUUCUCAGUAACCCUGUAGCAGCUUGAUGCAGGGAACUAUGGGAGACUUUUUAAAAAAUGAAGAGCUGUGCUCUUUUCUGACUAGACUGGGAUGUUUGGAGUCAGAAGAGGUCAAAUAGCGUAGUUAGAAGGUGGUGUUAGAUUGUUCUUCCACUGGCGUUGAUGAAAUGCCAGGAAUGUCUCUUUAGAACAAGAGUUUAGAUCCCCCUUCUCUUAUUCCCUCUCCAUUUCAACCACCCCUUUAUUUAUUUGUUUUCUAAUUAGGGGCCAAGUCUGUAAAAUUUUGUCAAAGAGAGCUAGAAGUUGUUUUGUUACUAUUUGUGUUUACCCGAGUUGGGAGAUAAGGUAGAGUUUUCAUGAAGGUGUGUAUGUUUUUUACAUCACGUCUGUUAUAGGGCCAUAUUUUGGUAACUUGAAAAUAGACCAGCUAAAUGUUUUCUGGAUAUAAGCCUCUGAAUACAUGGGGGUCUCUUUUUUUAUAUAUUAAAUGGAAGCUGUUAGUACCUCACAAGCUACAGAAGUUCAGCCAUGAGAGUUUGUUCGGCAGCAUAAACCGAUUUCUACAUAAAACUGCAGUGGUCCUUUUUUUUUUUUUUCCAGUUUUUCUGAUACCUUAAAUGCAUUUAUAUUUCUUAUCAGUUAUUACCUUUUUGUUUUCCUUAUCUGGGCCUAUUUUUUUAUGCUUUGUACCUGGAAGACAAAUAGAUUUGUCUUUGGGAUGCUUUUUCAGGGUAAGGGCUACUACACCAUCUGUGAUAUCAUACUGUGGUUUCUGUCUAAAACUGGCACAUGUAAGAAUUGAAGAAAGUGGUUACAUAAUUCAGUUGAAGUUCUUGGUCAUUAGAUGUUUGUUAGGCAUCUACUAUGUGCAAAAUACAAGACCAAUAAUGACACAGAAUGAUGUGACCUGUUAAGUGUUCUUUGAAACACGGCCAAAAUGCAAUUAAUUAUAAGUUAAUUAUUUUUGCUGUUGUAAAUAUUAGUGGUUUACAGUGUGCUUUAGUGCAUAUUCCUUAAACAUUCAAGCAAUGAGAAAUAAGACCCUUCUGCAUUUAGUGCUCUGUUUCUAAACUGAUAAUAUAGAAUGUUACUUGGAAAAAGUCUGGACUAUGUGAUGCAAACAAGCAGUGCUCAUGAUUGAGUUUCUUAGUUUUUAUAAUGCACCAUGUUUCUCAGAGUUUGUGUUUUUGUUAAUAAAACAUUUUAUAAUGUAUGUUCCAUGUUUAUUACUUUUUCUUCCUCAACUAAAUUAUGCACUGCACUGUAAGUUGAAGAUUAACCAUUCAUUAUUUAUCUUCUGUGGCAAUGCAUUUAUAUGGUUGGUUGGGUGGGGGACUUUUUACAGAAGUUGCAAAGUGAUUGGAUUUUUGACUUCCUAUUCCAGGGAGCUUUUUUUAGAUUAAUUUUAGGUUCAUUUUUCCAGUUCCCAUGCAAACUGUUCCUGUUUACAUACCUUCUCUGUUGAUCAGUGCUUUGAUUCUAGUUGAGAAGACAGUUUACUUAAAACUUGAGAGGCCCGUUUAGCAUUGCCUGUUGCUUUUACUUCUCAAAUCUAUGUAGUACACUGGUUUGUAAUCUUUACAUUUUUGUUGAAUCUGUCUUUGCUAUUUCUCUUCCUCCUCAAGGAAAUAUAUUGUCUUUAUAUCUUAAGAGAAAAGAGCAAAGAAGAAAAUCUUAUCCUCAUUUUCUUUGAGUUGGAAACAAAAAAUAAAUAAAAUGAAGGACUCCAACUAUGAUAGAAUAUAGACAUUUAAAUUUAAAUAGAUUAGUGGAGAAAGUUUUAAGAGUUUCGAAGUAUUAGUUUUUGUCGUUAGAAUCAGUUAAGAGACUGCUCCUUGUACUGGAGAUACUAGCAUAUGUUUGUUAUGUUACCUUAAAAAUAUCUUUUUAUUUUAUAAGGCCCAUACAUACUGAUUAAAUUCUUUUAAAAGUUGGGCUACUGUCAUGGAUGGUUGGUUUUACUGCCAUCAGCCAUGUUGAUGCAUUAUAAAUGGCAUCCAUAUCUACUUAUUUUAAUGCUUAAAAUUUUAUUUAAAAUGCUUUAUUUAGAAAACCAACAUAAUGCAGUGGUGUCACCCUUGCCAUGUACCAAUCUCACUUGAAAUUUGACACCAAUUACAGUGGUUUAGGGUGGAGAAAGAAGUACUGGAAAGCAUAUGGAUAAAGAUAUCUUUCUCUAUUUGCAACAGUAUCCUUUAUGUGGGAGGAGAAGUUACUAUUCCAAGGAAGGCAGCUUAAAUGGAUAAUGUUUUGUAUAUCCUUGAGACUUUUCCUUACAUUUUUUUUUAAUUGUGUAAUUGUUAAAUGCCCAGUUUUGUGCUGUAUUUGCCUGAAGUUUUAGUACUUGUUUUCUAGGUGGACUUCUAAAAACCAAACCAGUACUUUGGGAGGUUAGAUGUGUAUGUUUCCAGGCUUGAUGUGUGUGAGUGAUUUUGCUUGCCUUUUGGUUAUAUUUUCCUCCAGAGGUUUGGAACUUUAAUCAAUAAUUGUGUGCGUUAUUUAAAGAAAAAAGUGGCUUUGGGUUUUACUCAAGUAAAAUUGUGAACACAUUUGCUUUUCAAGGGCAGGGCAUCAGUUCUAGAGAUUGAACUAUGUGCCUUGUAGAUUGAACUAUGUGCCUUGAUGUGUUUCUGGACAAAUUUUUUCCGACAACUUGAAAACUAAAAAGGGACAUUUGGUUAAGUUAUAUACUGUACAUCAAUCUAUGCAUAAAUGGCAGCUUGUUUUCUUGAGCCACUGUCUAAAUUUUUUUCUUUUUUUUAUAGAAAUUUUUAUACUGAUUAAUUCAUAGCUGGUCAGUUUUAUACACAGACUAAACAAUACAGCACUUUGCCAAAAAUAAGUGUAGCAUUGCUUAAACAUUGUGUAUUAACACCAGUUCUUUGUAAUUGGGUUCAGUGGUGCAUUUUGCACUGCCUGGAGUUAUGGUUUUUAAUUUGUCAGUAAAUAAAAUGUCCUUUAAUUUCA